AUGAUGGAUUCACAGGGGCAUUCAUCCCAGGCAAGUUCUACAUACACACCAGAAAGCCAUGAAGGGAACUUCACCGAGCGGGAGCGCAUUGCCAUCGUGGGUAUGUCUUGUCGAAUGCCCGGCGAUGUCAGUAACCCAGUUGAAUUCUGGAACAUGUGCGCUCGGGCACGCAGUGGCUGGUCUGAGAUUCCACCAGAGCGCUUCUCUCCCGAAGCGUUCUACCACCCGAAUGCCGGAAAGAAAGGAACUCAUAAUGCACGCGGAGGGCAUUUCUUGAGCGACAACGUCGCCCUCUUCGAUGCGCCCUUCUUCAACGUGACUGCAGCUGAAGCCACGGCAAUGGACCCGCAACAACGGCUCUUGUUAGAAGGAACGUACGAAGCGUUCGAAAAUGCGGGUAUCUCGAAAUCAGAAGUCGUGGGCGGCAAUAUCGGUGUUUUUAUGGGCGGCUAUGGAGCCGACUAUCAGCUUUUGGGCCACAAGGAUACAGAAACUGUCCCUAUGUACUUCGCUACAGGCACAUGUAAGGGUCUGAUGUCUAACCGGGUCUCGUAUUACUUCGAUUUGAAAGGCCCCAGUGUCACUAUUGACACUGCAUGUUCGUCCAGUCUCGUUGCCCUACAUCUGGCUUGCCAAUCUCUACGAGCUGGGGAGUCGACCGCUGCGGUUGUCGGUGGAGUCCAUUUGAACAUCAGUCCGGACAGCUUCGCGACAAUGUCAUCACAGAGGCUAUUCUCAGAAACGGGGAAGUCCCACGCGUUCGACCAUCGGGGUACUGGAGGCUAUGGACGUGGGGAAGGUGUUGGUUGUCUGAUUCUUAAGCGUCUGCCCGAUGCCCUACGGUCGAAUGACCGCAUUCGCGCGGUGAUCGUAAAUUCGGGGACAAAUCAGGAUGGCCGCACCAAUGGGAUUACCCUACCCAACGGAUCAGCCCAGGAAGAUCUUAUACGGUCUGUAUAUAGAGAGGCCAACAUUUACCCGGAAGAGGUAGGCUUUGUGGAGGCUCACGGAACUGGAACGAAAGUGGGAGAUCCGAUCGAGGCAAAAGCCCUCGCCAAUGUACUCGGCAAGGGAAGAACACCGGACGAUCCAUUACUGGUAGGAUCGGUAAAGACAAACAUUGGCCACCUGGAAGCUGCCAGUGGAAUUGCGUCGGUGAUCAAAGCAGCGAUGAUGCUAGAACGAGGUUUUAUCCUACCAAACUGCGACUUUGAAAAGUUCCCGACGAGUAUUCCUACCAAUUUGAACAUCAAGGUACCGACAUGCCAAACACCAUGGCCAGCUAACAAACGAUACAUUUCAAUCAAUAACUUUGGAUUUGGUGGCGCAAACGCCCACGUGGUGUUGGAAAAGGGAUCUCGCCCAGCAGCACCGGUGGAGGUAAGUGUGGAUGCACCAGGAUCUGACCAGCGAGAACCAAGACGCCUCUUUGUCCUAUCUGCACAUGACGAGAAGGCAGCACGGGCAAGUAUGGAAAAUCUCAUAGUUUAUCUUGAGCGAAAACCAGAGGCAUUUGAGAUCAAUAUGCCCCGAAACCUGGCCUAUACCUUAGGAGAGAGGCGGUCCGUAAUGUCAUGGAGGAUAGCAUUGUCAGCGACAGGAUCGAGCGACUUGGCAAGGCAGCUCGUAGAUCGCCAGUCACGCCCCGUGCGGUCUAAGCAACCUACGACAGUUGCCUUUGUUUUCACUGGUCAGGGGGCCCAAUGGAACGCGAUGGGGCGAGAGCUGCUCAUGACAUACCCCGUGUUUUCCGCAACAUUACGCGCCACAGAUGCCGUCCUGGCUACACUGGGUGCUGACUUCUCUCUUGUUGAGGAGCUAUUGAAGGAGGCAGAAACGACCCAGGUGAACGAGCCUCACAUCAGCCAGCCAAUCUGCACAGCCAUUCAAAUUGCCUUGGUGGACCUACUUCACUCCUGGAAUAUCAAGGCCUCGGCGGUGACUGGACAUUCGAGUGGCGAGAUUGCCAGUGCCUACGCUAGUAAUGCCCUGACAUUGGAAGACUGCAUGGCUGUUGCCUAUCAUCGUGGUAGGACCGCCAGAUUCCUUGUUGGAAACUCCACAUUGCCACCGGGUGCGAUGUUAGCUGUAGGUGCAGGACCGGACGAGAUAAAGGCUAUGAUGAGCACCGUCAACCAAGGUCGGAUUGGCAUUGCGUGCGUCAACAGUCCAAAAAGUGUCACCAUUUCUGGUGACAAGGCUGGCAUUUCCCAGCUAGAACAGAUCUUGGAAAAGCAAGGCGUUUUCCAUCGCCUGUUGAAGGUAAAUGUCGCAUACCAUUCCCACCACAUGCAAGCUGUGGCAGACAACUACCGCACGUCAAUUGCCCAUAUUCGACCCAAGCAUGGCCGGUCGGCAGUUCGGUUUCAUUCCUCGCUACGUGGCCGAUUGAUAGAUACGCAGGAGCUCACCGCGGAUUACUGGGUCCAGAACUUGACAUCCACAGUUUUGUUUGCAGAUAGUCUAUCGGAUAUGUGUUCAUAUGAUGCCACCGCCAAUGACCCUGACGGCAUUAAAUUCCGCACUACAGUUCUGUUAGAAAUUGGGCCCCAUGCAGCCCUGGAAGGGCCAAUUAAGCAGACCGUGUCAAAGGGAUUUUCCGAUGGCUCACUCGUGUAUGCUAGCAUGCUGCGCAGAAACAAGGAUGCCACCGAGACGGCCCAGAAGGCCGCCGGGGAACUUUUCAUGCGAGGUAUACCUAUAGAUCUGGGUGCUAUCAAUCGGCCAGCUGCGGCAACUUCGCUUCCACAGGUCUUAACAGACAUGCCCCCAUAUCCCUUUCAACAUGAUACUCCAUACUGGCACAGUUCACGUAUUAGCCAGAAGUAUCUGUCCAAAGAAAGACCACCUCGAAAUGAGAUCAUUGGAAUUCUCGCAGAUUAUGCCAAUGAUCUCUCUCCAGAGUGGAGACAUGUUUUCCAACUGGAUGAUCUUCCCUGGCUGCGCGACCACAAGAUACAGGGCAUAGUCACUUUUCCAAUGGCUGGCUUCAUCACAAUGGGUAUAGAGGCAGCUCUGCAGUGCCAGACUCUUGGUCUUUGUGAUCUUAAAAAGAAUAGCAACACCCACAAGGAGAGCUGUAACUCUGUGACUCGAGUUGACCUGCGGGACUUCGCCAUCCAGACACCACUUGUCUUGGACGAGGACAUGGAAGUUGAGAUGGUCACUAAACUCUCCCCUUUCAUGUUGGGCCCACAUACAUCGUCUGCUAGAUGGACUGAAUUUGUUGUCUCAUCGUGGACUCGGCAGCGAGGUUGGACUCAGCAUUGCCGAGGGCUUGUUUCUGCUGCCAAAGGAAGUACUACAUUAGAAACUCCAGCAACCAUCCACGAAAACCGAGGCUAUGCGGCCGGGAAGAGUUCGCGGAUGACCAGCUUGUGCAACGAGAAACAAUGCAGAACUCAGAUUGACUGCACGAGCAUGUAUGCAUCACUUGAGGCCGUUGGAACUACGUAUGGAAAAACCCUGCAAGGGCUCAAAAACGUUGCCAUCACAGAUACUGAGCAGCUCGCAGUUGCAGAGCUAAUCAUACCGCACACAGCAGCAAUUAUGCCCCAGGCGUACGAGAAUAGUUAUUUCGUACACCCAGCUGUUCUUGAGAAUACCUUUCAGGCUGUUUGGCCCCUACUCGGCGCUGGUACCACGGGCUUGAACGCGUUAUACAUGGUAACCGCAGUUAAGCAAAUGUCACUCUCGUGUGGGAUCCAAACUGAUACAGGGCCUCCAUUGCGAGUCUUUGCAUCUCCCAAAUCGGCAUUGGCACAAGGGAUCUCUAUACAGAAGCAACAAAGAGCGCAAAAACAAGCGGAUACAAAUUUCUCCCUGGUUGUAACCUCCCUCAACAAUCAUGAUGAAGCUUUGAUCAGCUUGGAUGGCCUAAAGGUCAUGCCUGUAUACCAGAGUGAGAGCCCAUCCCUCGAGGAGUCAACCCGUGGUCUCUGCUACAAGGUGGACUGGAAACCAGUGUACGAAGGGAUUGUGCUAGAUGGAGCUAGCAGCAAUGCCGAUACAUGUUCGGAAGGAUCCAAUGAACCGUCAUUUGCCCUGCUGGGUCCAGUAACUAUUCUCUACAGACAAGAGGAUCAGUUCGACAUUGCCUUCAAAUUGUCAAAGACCUUGGAGGAACGUACAGAAAGUCCAGUGGAGCUGCAAUCCUUUGGUCCCGAUAGCGAGGUGGCAACCAACACCCCCACAGGCAUUGUCAUUGUUCUCAUCGAGAUUGGGAGAUCUAUCCUUCCUUCAAUGUCUGAUAACGAAUUCCGGUGGAUGAAGGAAACUGUUUUGAAAGCUAGUGGGCUUCUCUGGGUCUUGCGCAAUGACUAUGCAGGCCAUCAGGAUCCCAACUCUCAUUUGGCUACCGGGUUCGCCAGAUGUAUACGUGCGGAAACUGACAGAAGGUUUGCGGUAUUGGAGCUCGACGCGAUUACAGCACGGUCCCAGAGUAACACCCUGGAAAGUGAUGCUGUUUCUCAUAUUGUUGAAGUCUUCACAAGAUGCCUUUCACCCCAGGGGCAAGUCUUUUCAACACACCCAUCAUCUGACAUGGAAUACCGUGUGAGAGAUGGCGAGCUACUGGUGCCAAGAGUGACGUAUGAUCACAAGGUUGAUAACUUCGUCCAGAGUGAGGCACAUGGCGAGGAGAUCCUUGAGGUUCGGCCAUUCUACUCACGCGACAAAGAUCUGCGCCCGCCUUUGAAGCUUUCUAUCGGUACUCCAGGAGCUCUUGAUAGCAUAUACUUCAUUCCCGACACUGUAGUGGGAACAGCGCUGGAGGCUGAUGAGGUGGAAAUCGAGAUCAAAACCACUGCUAUUAAUGCGAGGGACAUAUCUCAGGUGAUGGGACAUGCAUCCAGUAGUUUUAUCGGUACGGAAUGCUCCGGAAUCAUAACCCAAGUUGGCAGUCGAGUCAGGCGCUUCUCGGUCGGUGACAGAGUCUGUGCUGUCAAUACGAAAGGGGCCUAUUCCCAGUUCACUAGAUGUAAGUACACCAGUGUUUCGCGUAUCCCAGACGAGAUGACGUUCGGUACUGCUGCCACGAUUCCCGCAGCGUACUGUACUGCAUAUUACUCCUUGGUCAAAAUGGGGCGACUUUCCAAGGACGAGAUAGUGUUGAUACACGCGGGUACAAGUGAUAUCGGACUUGCUGCAAUCAAGCUUGCUCAGUAUAUCGGGGCUGAGAUUUACGUGACGGUUAAGUCCGAGAUCGAAAAAGGGUUCCUGGUGGACACUUUCAAGGAUACCCUACCAGAAGAUCACAUCCUCUUCCACGAAGAUCCCCGAUUUGGUGCUGCUCUUUGCCAGGCAACUUCACGCAGUGGAGGAGACGGAGGAGUCGACGUGAUCCUGAACUCUUCAGGUGUGUCAGGGGAUCGUCUGCGUGAGACCUGGGAAUGUAUUGCCCAUUUUGGCCGGUUUAUCGAGGUUGGCAAACGAGAUAUCAAGGAGGAUUCAUGGUUGCCGAUGCGGCCAUUUGGCUAUAACGCCACAUUCUGCAGCGUGGACCUUGCGGUUAUUGCGAAUGAAAAACCCCAGUUGAUGAAGCGUUUGAUGUCCGACGUGUUUACCAUGAUACAAAAUGGCGUUAUUGCCCCCUUGACGAUUGAACAGACCAAAUCGAUCUCCGAGGUCGUAGAGGCAUUCAGUCUCGUGCAAUCUGGAGAAGUGAUUAAUAAAGUGGUUCUGCUACAUGGUGAAGAGGAUCGAGUUAAGGCGCCCAUCCCCCCUUUACCAACGACCCUUCUUCAUGCGAAUGCAACAUACAUCAUCAUCGGUGGAACCGGUGGUCUUGGUCGAGAGAUAACGCGAUGGAUGAUCUCUAAAGGGGCCAGAAAUCUGGUCCUUCUCUCCCGAAGCAGCUCGACACAAGGAAAGAUGGCAAGGUUGAUCCAGGAUGCCACGAGGAAUGGUGCGAACAUUACAUUGCAGCAGUGCGAUGUGGCAGAUCGGAGUCAGGUUCGUAAAGUGCUACAGGAACUUGGCAGUGCGAACAAGCCUCCUGUCCGUGGCAUCAUCCAGGGAUCCAUGGUCUUUGAAAACAUGCUGUUUGAAGACAUGCAAUAUCCCCUAUGGCGAAGGGUCAUGGCUCCCAAAGUCGCUGGAACGUGGAACAUUCAUCAUGAACUUCAAGCGGGUGGCCAUCAACCUGACUUUUUCAUCAUGCUAUCCUCAAUAUCAGGUAUCAUCGGCAGUCGUGGCCAAGCACCAUACGCAGCCGCCAACGCCUUCCUGGAUGCAUUCGCGGAAUUCCGACAAGCCCAGGGCUUACCGGCUACCACCAUCGAUAUAGCACCAGUAUUAGAUGCAGGAAGGUUGGCAGAGGAUAAUCUCGGUGACGCGAAGAUCUUUUCGGAAAAAUUUGCAUCCGACGCCAUUUCCCAAAACGAAGUCAUGGCACUCCUCGGAGCAGCGAUAUCUGGGGUCAUGCCUGCCGGGCAGCCUCAGUGUCUUACGGGGCUCAGGCUGACCGGCGAAUCAAUCAAAUUUCGAUUCUGGGCUCAUGAUCCCAGGUUCGAAUCCCUACUAAAGGAGGCCGAGCUAUCUUUGGGAGAUGCUUCCGACACAAAUGGCGGUGCGAAAAGUUUGAAUACCCUCAUCAAGCAGGCCCAAGUUGAAGGUGAAGCACAGGCUGUGGACGUGGUGUACACUGCGUUAGCCAACAAGAUUGCUGACAUUCUCAUGAUUCCGGUGGAGGAUAUUCAUCCCACCAGUUCUGUAGUCACCUGUGGCCUCGAUUCUCUAGCAGCGGUCGAGUUCCGUAACUGGAUGAGUCGUGAGAUGAGUGCUCAACUACAGAUUCUAGAAAUAAUUACCAGUUCGAAUCUGGAGGUGCUAUCGAAGACGGUUUUGAGCAAAAGGAAGUGA